UUUUCACAAUUUUCUAGCGGCAUUUUUUGUUAAUAGUUCAUUGAGAAAAGUUUCGACUGCGUAUACAGGUGAAAAACGCUGUUAUUGAAAAAUAAUAAAGGCCAAAACAAAGUAUUGAAAAUCUAAACAAAUACCUUAACCACCCAGCGAAAUGGCGACAAAAAUAUUUGUGGGUAGCCUACCGCCCGGCACCAAGCCUGAGGAAUUACGACAUCUCUUUGAAGAUUACGGAGUUGUGGUGGAAUGUGAUGUUAUGAAUCGUUGUGGAUUUGUGCACAUGGAAACAAAAGAAAUGGCCAACACGGCGAUUGCAGCACUACACUCAACUGAAUUCAAAGGACAAAUGAUUGUUGUAGAACUAGGUCGGCCAAAAGAUAGGAAGCCAAAUGCGGACAAUGGACGGGGGGGACAUGUAAGGUCACGAGGUGCAGCACGUGGCGGAGGUGGUAGGAGCUCCGGGCCAGGAGGUCGUGGUGGCGGAACAGGCGGUAGAGAUAGUGAUACAAUUGAUGCUAGCAAUAACAGACAAAACUUUGGUAAUAAUUCCGGACGUGGUGCACCAAAAAAUAAAUUCAAUCAAGGCAGCGGCCCCAUACGGAAUGAUCACUUCAAACAACAACAACGUAACAUGCCUUAUCAACGAAGGAACGAUGGUCCUGGUGGUAAUUCUAACGAUGGCGGAAAAUUUGGUAAUCAUAGAGGAAAAUUCAAUAGUGGAAAUGCCAGCGGAUCUAGAGGUUUCGGUGGUCGUGGAGGUGGUGACAGUGGACCACAAAAUUUUAAUAACUGGGAAAAACAGACACUUGAUGGCAAUGCUCAUUUUGAUGGCAUGAACAAUUUCAAUGACAACGAGGGCUAUGGCAAUAAUUUUGGUGGCAAUUCGGGCGGUAAUCUGGGUGGAGGUUUUGGCGGUAAUAAGGGUAUUAGCGGUCAGGAUAGAAGAGGCUUCGCCUUGCCUAUGGGCGGACGUGGUGCUGGUCAGCGUUUCGGUAAUGGAAAUCCUGCUUUUGCAGCUGGAAAUCCUGUUGCCGCAUUUGGUGGAAGUGGCAUGCAAAGUAAUAUCGGCCCACCAAACAAUUCUACUGAAGGUCUGUUCAGUAGAAGAAAUAACAACGGUUCAAAUGGUCAAGGAAAUAUGUCUGCACGUGGUGGAUUCCAUGGCGGCUUUGGCAAUAGUCAAGGUGGUGGCAAUGUAAAUAGUGGUGGUCGUGGCGGCUUUAGGCGUGGCGAUGGUGUUGGUGGCAAUGCUGGUGGAGGCAAUAAUGAAAGAUUUUCGGCGCCGAAUAAUUACAACAGUAAUUUCCCUCCACUCGGAGCGCAAGGAUUCGGUGGACGUGGUGGGCCGGCGCGUAACGGUCGUGGUGGUGGAAAUCAACGCAAUGGCCCACGUCAAAACACGAUGCCCUAUCAACGUUUUUGAAAAUAACCUCAAGAAAGCGAAUUCACCAAUGCGUUUAUCUGCGUAGAAUAAUGUGGAAUUCGUGUAUUACAGUUAGACUAACACUAUGGAUAGGCAAUCCAUAACGAGUCAUGUUCAUGUGCGAAAACUUGUAUGUACAAAGUUAAUACGUGACUCGCCACAAAUUAGAUAUGACGGAGUCAUAUAAACUAUUUCAAUUUUAUAAUAUAAAAAAAAAAAAAAUAAUAUAAACAAAUAUUAGAAUAUAAGCUACAGGAGGGCGUCAAUAUGUUGUAUAUAUAUAUAUUAAAUAUCACAUGUAAAAUACAUAGCAUAUUCUAAGUAUAGAACAAAAUAAUUAAAUAGGAAAAUUACAAAUUUAAAAACAACAAAACAACAACGUGCAGACCACUUUUACAACAACUCUGAAUAAAAAUUAAUAACAAAUCAAUGAAGAUUUUUCUUAAAGAGAUUAAUUUGCACUCACGCCGUAUAUAACGUAAUGUUUUUUGUGUGCAAAAUAUGUAUUAUUGAGUACAUGACAACAAUACAUUUACCUGACCGAUUAUUGAUAUAUUUUUAAAUAAAAAAAUAAUAUGCUUAAGUUUGUAAAUAGAUGAACAACAAUGAAAAUGCCCAAGUUAUUGCACAAGCAAAUAUGUUUUAAUUUUUUUUUUUCGCACUUAUCUAUUUAAAAUCUUGCUUUAGUUAUAGUUCCACCUUUUUUGCAAUAUAAUUGAAUAAAGAAAUACUUAAUUUUUUAUUAAAAUUGAAAUAUACAUACUUUCAGUGCCGUUAUUAGUGUUUAGAAAAAUGGUUCUACACGUCAAAAUUAAUGACUGACAAUGAGUUACGUAAAAUUAGCUACAUAAAAGUAAUUGUUAAGUGUUGUUUUUUUGGUGAAUAUGAAAGUGGAAAUGGAGUUUCAAAAAUUUAACCGUAAAUUAACGUGUAUUAAAAAGAAAAAAUGUAGUAAUAUUACAUUAGACUAACAUAGAAAUUCGAAAUUUUCGAAAACGGUUGUAAGUAUUCGAAAUAAAUCAAAUAAUUGUUAGAAAUACUAUCAGAGCACAGUAUAUUUUGACGCCUGUUUCUCUAUAAUUAAAGAGAAUAACAAUUGAAAUUCGUUAUUACGCUACUUCAAUAACCUGGU